AUGAAGAUGAAGCAGAAGUGGAGUAAAGGGAACAUUUAUAUAACAGAUUGGUCGUUGUCUUCCUUCUUUCCUGACUUUGGGCUGCUAUUGUAUUUAGAAGAGCUAAACAAAGAGGAAUUGAAUAAAUUCAAGUUACUUUUAAAGAAUGAGACUGUGGAGCCCAGGGACGCCAGAUACUCUGUCUGGGCUGGUGUGAAGAAGGCCAAUUGAGAAGACCUGGCUAAUCUGAUGAAAAAAUAUUAUCCCGGGGAGCAAGCCUGGGAUGUCGCUCUCAAAAUCUUCGGCAAGAUGAACCUGAAGGAUCUGUGUGAGAGAGCAACUCUAUCACUAAAGCUCCCCUUGUCUUUGGUGAACCUCCUAAUCCUGUUGGAACCUGUCACAGGGACAGCCCAGACCAUGGGACCAGAGGAUGCCAGGACACAGGAGGAGCAAGAUGAUCAGGAGGCAGUGGAGGUUGAUGAUGAUUAUUCAAAAAGAGUCAACAAAACUGGCUUUCUGGCCAAGGAUGUGCUGAUUUUCCUGGACAUGAGUAUUCUUCAAAAGCACACGGAGUAUGAAAAUUGCUAUGUGUUCACCCACCUGCAUGUUCAGGAGUUUCUUGCAGCUAUGUUCUAUAUGUUGAAAGACAAUUGGGGGACCAGGAACAAUUCCCUUCAGUCUUUUGAAGAUUUGAAGCUAUUGCUUGAAAGCAACAGUGAUCAAGAUCCCCAUUUGAUGCAGACGAAACGCUUUUUGUUUGGCCUUUUGAAUGAUGAUCUAGUAAAACAACUGGAGACAACUUUGAACUGUAAAAUGUCACUGGAGAUAAAAAGGAAGAUCCUUCAGUGGCUCGAGAUACUGGGGAACAGCGAACAUUUUCCAGCACAGCUGGAAUUUCUGGAGUUGUUUUUCUAUCUGUAUGAGACUCAAGAUGAAGCCUUUAUAAGCCAGGCAAUGAGAUCUUCCCAAAAGUUUGUCAUUGAUGUUUGUGGAAAAGUCCAUUUACUUGUGUCUUCAUUCUGCCUUAAGCACUGCCAAUGUUUACGGACCAUUAAAUUGUCUGUAACUGUGUUAUUUGAGAAGAUGUUAAACUCAAGCCCCCCAGCUGCACUUUGGGAUGGUGGUCACUUUACUCAUUACUGGCAAGAUCUCUGUUCUGUGCUUCAUACAAAUGAGCACUUGAGAGAACUGGGCCUGUGUCCUAGCAACCUCGAUGAAUUAGCCAGAAGACUUUUAAAAAAAGAACUGAGGCACCCAAACUGUAAACUACAAAAACUCUUGAUGAGAUUUCUUUCUUUCCCUGGCGGUUGUCAGGAUAUUGCUAGUUCUUUGACUCACAACCAGAAUCUGAUGCAUCUUGAUCUGAAAGGGAGUGAUAGAGGGGACAAUGGAGUAAAGUCAUUAUGUGAAGCUUUGAAACACCCAGACUGUAAACUACAGAAUCUGAGCUUGGAAUCCUGCGACCUAACUACAGUUUGCUGUCUAAAUAUCUCUAAGGCUCUCGUCAGAAGCCAGAGCCUGAGAUUUCUGAAUUUGUCGACCAAUCACCUAUUGGAUUAUGGGAUCAAGCUGUUGUGUGAGGCCUUAGGACAUCCCAAGUGUCACCUAGAGAGACUAUCCCUAGAAAGCUGUGGCCUCACAGUAGCUGGUUGUGAGGCUCUUUCUUUGGCCCUCAUCAGCAACAAAAGGUUGACACAUUUGUGCUUGGCAGACAACAUCCUGGGAGAUGAUGGAGUAAAGCUUGUGAGUGAUACUUUGAAAAAUCCACAGUGCAAUCUCCAGAGCCUCAUGCUGAGGCGUUGCCACUUGCUUAGCAGUGAACAUCUCUCAUCUGCUCUCCUGCGCAACAAGAGCCUGACACAUCUAGAUCUGGGGUCAAACUGGCUGCAAGAUGAUGGAGUAAAGCUUCUGUGUGAUGCCUUUCCGCAUCCAAGCUGUCACCUUAUUCAGGACCUGGAACUGAUGGGCUGCGUUCUUACUAGUACGUGUUGUCUGGAUCUGGCUUCUGCUAUUCUGAACAACUCACACCUGCAGAGCCUGGACCUUGGAUACCUGCAGGAUGAUAGAGGAAAAAUUCUGUAUGAGGCUUUGAGACAUCCAAACUGCAAUAUUCAGAGGCUUGGGUUGGAAUAUUGUGGUUUGAUCUCCCUGUGUUGUCAGGAUCUCUCCUCUACUCUUAGAAACAACCAAAACCUGAUAAAAAUAAACCUGAGACAGAAUACUUUAGGAAAUGAAGGAAUGAUGAAGUUAUGUGAAGUCCUGAGGUCUCCUGAAUGUAAACUGAAAGUUCUAGGUUUGUGCAAAGAGGCGUUUGAUGACGAAGUCCAGAAGCUGCUGGAAGCUGUGCGAGUUAGCAAUCCACACCUUAUCAUUAAGCAUGAUUAUAAUCACAAAGAUGAAGAUGGUUCCUGGUGGCGGUAUCCCUGAUUUGAAGAACCUGGUGUUCUUUUAAAAAGUGAAAUAAAGGCCUCAGAGUGACAAGGCUUGUGGGUCUUAGCUUUAGAAGCUUUGUGCCCAGACAGUGUUUGAUGUCUGUUAGAUGUAGGGGAGUCACUUCUCUGUAAAAUGUCUGUUCUACUUCACAUGGUGGUUGA